CAAACGCAAAAGGAACACAGAAGCUUGCAACAGAUCCACAAAGUAGCCAGCAACAUCCAGUCGAACUUCCAAGAACUUCUCUGCAAGAAGUCUCACGUCAGAGAGUAGCAAAGCCAAUCUAAGAAAAUGGCAGCGAGAGCAAGAACAGCGCAGCUCUGGCUCCUGGCCGCGGCCGCGGUGUCGCUGCUCAUCGCGGCGGCGUCCGCGCAGUCCUCCGGAUCCGGCGGCAGCAGCGACUGCACGUCGGCGCUGGUAAGCCUGUCACCGUGCAUGGACUACAUCAGCGGCAACGACACGUCGUCGGCGCCGAGCGGCUCGUGCUGCUCGCAGCUCAGGACCGUGGUGCAGUCCAAGCCGCAGUGCCUCUGCGCCGCGAUCGGCGGCGACGCGUCGUCCUCCGUGGGCGGCGUCACCAUCGACCGGACGCGCGCGCUCGGCCUCCCCGCCGCGUGCAACGUCCAGACACCGCCCGUCAGCCAGUGCAACGGGUCAGGCGGUGGUUCGAAGGCGACGCCGACGACGCCGUACCUGGCGUCCGGCGGCGCGGUGCUCCGGGGGCCGGCCGCUUUGGCGCUCGGGCUUGCGGUGGUUGCGCUUUACGCCGUGGUCGCAGCGUGAGCUAUGUGAUUCGAUCAGGAUGUGUUGUGCCGUGUGAAUUAUUUUCUAGUUCAGCAUUGGCAAGAAGGAUUUUGACUUUUGAGUGUUGUGGCUACAUGUGUCUUAGCACCAUUUGUGCAAUUGGUUGUUUCCUACAAUCGCAAUAAAGAUGAUCUCAUAUACACACUCUU